AGAAGGCGCCGUUAGGAACCUUCAUCGGCUCGAGCACUUUCGGUUUGUGGCGCGAGUCUCCUACCGGGGAAGUGAGAAACCAUGAGUCUCCCUGGUGGAUCCCCGCCUCCCAGCUAUCUGCUAGCCUCGCUUAAGGCAGAUUGCGUCAACAAGCCUUUCAUCCAGAGGUGUCAAGACCUUUAUAGAGUCAUUGAGGAUUUUCCUGCCAAGGAGCUGCAUGCAAUCUUCCCAUGGCUGGUAGAGACAAUUUUUGGUAGCCUGGAUGGCAGCAUUAUUGGAUGGAACUUGCGUUGUUUGUAUGAGAGUAUAACUCCCCUUGAAUUUCGCACUGUCUUAGAAUUUCUGGACCCAAGUGGCAUAAUGAUGAAACUGGUGUACAAGCUACAGGCAGAAGAAUACAGAUAUGAUUUUCCUGUUUCAUACCUUCCAGGACCUGUCCGCUCAUCUAUACAGGAGAGAGUGCUGCCAGAAUGUCCUUUAUACCAUAAUAAGAUUCAGUUCUCCUCCUCAGGUGGUGUUGGAAUUAAUCUUGCUUUGAAUCCAUUUGAAUAUUUCAUGUUCAACUUUGCCAUAUGCCUCGUCACCCCAAAGAACACUCAAGGACAUCACUUCAGCACCUCGGACAGUGCCUACUUCAUCUUAGUAGACAAGUACUUGAAGUGGUUCCUUCCUAUUGAGGGGAAUGUCCCACCUCCCAACUUUUCCAACCCAGGAGGAGCUGUGCCUUCCCCUGCACCCAGAUCUCCAUCAAUUCCAUUCACUUCUUAUGGUACCAACCCCAGCCUCCUGAAGAGACAAAUUUGUCAUCAACAUCUGGUGAACGCUGACCCUGCAACACAGGAAAUAUGGAGAUCGGAAACGUUACUGCAGGUCUUUGUGGAGAUGUGGCUUCACCAUUACUCUAUGGAAAUGUAUCACAAGUUGCAGUCUCCACAUGCCAAGCUGGAAGCUCUUCACAGCCGACUCAGUUUGUCCAGUUAUCAGCACAUUUAUCCUGUACUGCCUGCCAACUUCCAUUCAUACCAAGUACUUCCAGCACUGUGGGACACACUUGAAUCAUUCCAGCCCACAGAAGAGCAUGUUCUGGUGGUGAGGCUUUUUGUGAAACAUCUGCAUACGUUCACCAAUAGUCUGAGGCCAGAGCAGGCAUCUCCUUCCACCCACUCUCACACAGCCAGUCCCUUGGAGGAGCUGAAAAGGGUGGUCAUGCCUCGAUUUGUUCAGCAGAAACUCUACAUCUUCUUGCAGCACUGUUUUGGCCAUUGGCCACUCGAUGCCUCCUUCAGAGCUGUCCUCGAGAUGUGGCUGAGCUAUGUGCAGCCUUGGCGGUAUAUUCCUGAGAGGUAUAUCCCUGUCAGCAAUGAACCACAGAAUCGCUGCGUAUCUGACAAAUGGGCACCCUUUGUGCAGGAAAACCUGCUCGUAUAUACCAAACUCUUCCUUCGUUUCAUAAACCGUGCUCUCCGUACUGACCUGGUUAGCCCUAAAAAUGCGCUGAUGCUGUUUAGAGUAGCAAAAGUAUUCUCCCAGCCCAAGCUGCCAGAAAUGAUUCAGAAAGGGGAGCAGCUGUUUUUGGAACCAGAGCAUGUCGGACCUCAACGGCAGCACCGGCUUCUUAUGUCGCCAAGUCUUGGUGGCAGUUUUCUCUCCUCGUGGCAGCCACCGAUUACAGAUGCCUCAUUCAAGGUGAAGAACCACGUGUACAGCUUGGAGGGGCAGGAUUACCAAUACGUGCAGAUGUUUGGCAGCGAUUCACGCAAUUUGGUUCUCCGACUCGCCCAGAUGAUUGUGCAAGCGAAACAGACUGCCAAAUCUAUCUCUGACCAGUCGCCGGAUGCUGGGGGAAACCAGUCCUUCCUAUCCUGGUUCGGGUUGAACACUUCAGAACUGAACAAUUCCUACAUUGCAAAUGACGUGGAUGAAAUUGGACAUGACAGUGUUAGGAAGACUGAUGAGCACUUGGAGAAGGCCCUGGAAUAUCUCUGUCAGAUAUUUAGGCUUAACUCUACUCAGCUGAGCCAGAUGUCAGUGAGCUUUGGGACAUCAAGGGAUGAAAAUGGGAGGAAGCAGCUACCAGAUUGUGUAAUGAGUGAGGAUGGGGUAGUUCUGACUCCUUUGGGCAGGUACCAGAUAAUAAAUGGACUACGCAAGUUUGACAUAGAAUACAAUGGUGACCCAGAACUGCAGCCAAUCCGUAGCUUUGAGAAUGCUACAAUGGUGCGCCUCCUGUACAGGCUGUCAUGCUCACUAAAUGAGCGGUUUUCAGACAAAAUGGGUUCUCUGUGUGCACGUGGGGACUUUCUGGGAAAGUUUUGUCGGUACCAUCUAGUCAGUAGCCCGCCGAAACGCAGACUGACCCCGAUUACAUCGCACCGAUGCUCUGUGCCGCCAACCCCCAAAAUUCGCCUCCGCUUCCUGGCCAACUACCGGAUCCUGCUUUACUUGCUUUUGUUGUAUAUCCUUCGUGUGAUGCUAUCAAUGGGUCCUGUGAGCUAUACGUUCUGUCUUCUGAUUGGUUACUUGCUGUAUGCAACUGCUAUGACUGUUAUUACAGAAAGUUGGAGGUCACACCAGGACUGAUGCAGACGUGUUUUUUUUUUCUUUGUUUUUUAACGUCUUUUAAUGCGAUAUAGCUCCUGAUUGAAAUAAUUAAAUAGCUUCAUUUUGUUUUCAUUUCAUCGUGCAUUAUAGUGUUUUUUUAAAUUCUGUGUAAAAUGUACUUUUAUAUGCAAAUUAUAAGUUAUAUUGUUCAACUUUG